AUGAUGAGAGGACCUCCCGUGCCGGACAUGAGUGCACUGGCCCAAGACCAUGAGCUGGACUACCUCUCCGUUUCCCCCGAACGCUACAUGGACGUGCGGGUGGCUAGGGCCAAGACGCAGUUUCCGCAGGACGACGACACAGCAAUGGUGCAAUUGGGCCUAUCUACCUGCGGGGGAGGCGUUCUGCCGAGGUGGAGAACGGGAGCGGAGACAUCACGCACGGCAGCAAUCACGGCAGGGAGGGGGGAGCUCCGGAGAAUAAACCCUGCGCAGAUGGCGGCCACCCUAGUCGAAGUCGUCAGACACAUCCUGAGGGACACACUUCAUGCUACGUCGGUGCGCACGGAACUGGCCGAAGUGGGGGAGCUCCUGGAGGAUGUCGUCGCAGACUUUGGGGCUUCCAUCAGACUCCGGGAUAGCGCGGGGAUAGCAGAGGGGAGAGAUGCACUCAUGGAAGCAGUGGACAUCCUCGACCAAAUCGUCCUCAACUACGACUCCGAGCACGAUGAGUUCACCGUGGACCCGGCGACGCUGCAAGACGACCUCCUCAGACUAGCUCAACAGCUACAGAUCGUUGUCCCCGCCCACGACAACCUGUUGGGGGAUAUCAGGGGAGAACUCCCCUCGCAGAGGCCAUCGUCAAGUUCGCAAGAGCUCUUCGAAGGUUAUGGGGAUGAGAUGGGACUCAUGCAGCAGCUGGGGGGAACAGCCGGGGAACAUCAUCCACAACGACCCCAAACGUGGACGGACCUUCUUCAGCAGAUCAGGGGGGAACUCAACAACAUGCCACUCCAGUGCCGCCACGCGUGUGUCCACCAACUAAUUUGCAGACUCCACCGCCCGGGGCCGGGCCCGGCAGGGGACACCGAAGAAGGCCACAGGUGCGCGACCCAGCUGCUGUCCGUGCUCGAGCAUGAGUUCCCAGAGAGUUAUCGUACCAACGGCCAAUGUGAAGCGGACGCGAUCUGGCUACUACUACGAGGGGAGCGACUUGCUGAAUAUAUAGACGGGAUGAAUGUGCCGGCAGAAGAACGAGUACGCGGAGGGGAGGACGAACACCCUGGACUCGCGGGGAUCUUCCAGAACCACGAGGGGAACGCCAGGGAUGCCAAUAGCGGGAGACAUCCCAGACGCCAAGGGGGAGACGAAGACCACCCCGACGACUUCGAGCCCACGGCCCUUAUACAGACCCAGCUCAGAG